AUGACAGGUUCAAGAGCUGCAGAUCCAACCACAAUUUUGCAAUGCUGUUUGCAAAUAUAUGCUAGAAUUGUGGUUUUGAGAAACACCAAAUCACUGAACUUUGGUAACAACAAAUCCUGCAAUCAUAGCGGGCUAAAAAUGUUUUUGAGAAACAAACCCCUGGUAAGCAGAGCACCAAUCACAGAAAAGAGAGAUACAAGUGUAUUUUCACUCUUGGGGUAUGAUGACAAGACUUAAGUUGUGGUGACACAUAAAUAAAAUGGUUAUGCCUGCUUAAAUCUACUCAGAGACAACCAGGUUGUGCUCUUCAUUACUAAUGACAAUUCAGUAACACUGACUAAUAGAGUUAGAUGCCUCUGUAUAUGAAGUGACAUUUAUAUGAAGUGACGUGACAACUGUUUAUCUAUUGGUCAUUUUCCUUGGUCACAAAUGGACAACCUGACAUUUAGAUAUAGUGUACUCUUAGUGGAAGGACUGCAAAUUACACCUCAGUCAAGCCAGCUUACAUUCAUUUUUCUGUUGAUGGCUUAUGUCUUUGCAAUGGUGUCUAACAUUGGGAUUUUGAUUCAGAUCUCAGCAGAAAAAAGUUUACACCAGCCUAUGUACAUUCUUUUCUGUCAUUUGCCAGUGAGUGAUAUUAUGGGAACAACUCUUCUCAUACCACGUUUACUGAAGGAUUUAAUGACAGACCCCUCUGAGCGCUACAUCACAUAUGUGGAGUGUGUUUUCCAAGCUUUUUUUACACAUUUAUAUGGAACAACAUCCAAUACUAUUCUAAUGAUCAUGGCCUUUGAUAGAUAUGUGGCCAUAUGCAAUCCACUGCGAUACCCAACUAUAAUGAGCAAUAAAAUGAUUGUAAAACUGUCGGCAGGAGCCUGGGGUGCUGCAGUAGUUCCAGUGUCAGUUUUGAUCGGCCUCAGUGUGCGUCUCUCUCACUGCAGAUCAUUCAUUGCAAACCACUUUUGUGACAAUCCUUCACUAUUUAAAUUGUCCUGUGAAAAUACAGUGAUUAAUAAUGUAUAUGGAUUAACUUUUACUGUGGUUUUACUCACCUCCUCACUGGGGUGGGUGUUACUGACAUAUCUCAGAAUAGUGAUGGUAUGUAUAAAAAGCAAAAACAAAGCAACCAACAGCAAAGCAAUUAAAACCUGCAGCACUCACUUAGCUGUUUAUAUAAUCAUGCAGAUCUGUGGAUUCGUUCCAAUUGUUCUCCAUCGUUUCCCUGUAUAUGCUGAGACUAGGAAGUUUGGGGGUGUAAUGUUUCAUAUUAUACCACCUGGAUUGAAUCCCAUAAUAUAUGGUUUACAAUCCAAGGAAAUAAGACAAAGGAUGUUAAAAAUGUUCAUAAAUAAAAGUUAAUUCUAGCUGAUUUUUAUUUAUUUGUAGAUUUAGUUAUGCAAUCAAACAGCUAAUGAUGUGACCAUUUUCUUUAAGUGCAAAUUUUAAAUUUUAAAUACUUCAAUACAUAUUUGGUAACACUUUAUAAUAAGGUUCAUAAGUUAACAUUAGUUAACUACAUUAGUUAAAAUGAACUAAUAAUGAACUGCAUUUCUACAG